AGUAGAGCUUCUGGAUAUUGUGGAGAAAUGCAAACUAACACCAUGAAGUAUUCAAUUAAGUUGUUUGAUGGCAAGAAUGACUUUGCUCUAUGGCAAAGCACUGUGAAGGAGGUCCUUACUUGUCAAGGGCUUAAUGCAGUUUUAGAAGAGACCAAGCCAGCUGAGAUGAAGGAUAGUGAUUGGAAUACUAUCCAAAAGAAGGUAGCAAGUCAAAUUUGGUUGACGCUUGCAUUGGAGGUGAAAUACAACUUUCUUUCAGAGACUACUCUAAUAGGCAUGUGGAAGAAGCUUGAGGAGAUAUAUGCUUCAAAAUCUUUAACCAAUCAAUUGUAUUUAAAGAUGGAGCUAUAUCAAUUGAAGAUGGCAGAAGGCACUAAUAUUCACAAGCACUUAUUUGAUUUCAACAUGAUGGUGACAAAAGUAGUGAAUGUCGGGGGUAUUCUAGAAGAAGAGAAGAAAGCUUUGCUUUUACUUACAUCCCUACCUAAGCCUUACAAGUCCUUACUGCAAAGUAUGAUAGUGGGUAAGACUACUUUGGUGAUGAAAGAUGUCACAACCAUGUUGUUGGAAAAUGAUAAGUUUCUUGGGGAAGAUGGUGCCAAUCAAAAUAAUGCUUUGAUGAUGGAGCAAUCUUGGGGAAGAUCCAAUGAACAUAGAGGUGGAGGAAAUCGAGAAAGGGGACUUGGCAAAAUAACGAUGGCUACCAAUGAGAAGGUGAAUAUUGAACACAUAGGAGAUGUUCGUCUCAAUGUUCACAAUAGAAGAGCCAAGAUUCUCAAGAAUGCGAGAUAUGUACCAAAGUGUUCAAACAAUAUUAUUGCUUUGAGUGAGUUGACAACACGAGGAUACAAGCACAACAUCUAUGUGCUCAAGAAACAUCCUAAGAGAAGGCUUAACAAGACCAUGAGGAAGAUGGUGUGGAAGCCUAAAGGGAUCUUGGUAGAUGGCAAGGAAAUUAAUAUGACCAAAAAGAGGGUGAGCUUCAACAAUGAAGUGGUGUUUGAUGAUUGUUCAAGGAGGUGAUUUUUCCUUGGAUCAUAUUUGGUCCAAAAUUAAUAUCUGUUGUAUGCCUAGUGUAGGUUUGUCCAAUCUUAUACUAGGAGAAAACUCUCAAAAAUAUGACACCAUGAUUAAGUGUUAUUGAGCAGAGGGAGCUAAAUUAUGGUAAUGUUGAAGUGUAUGGAGUCAUGGUUGGUUUCUCCUCCCAUGGGGUUGGAAGGGGAGAUUGUUGGUAGAGAGUCCAACCCCAUGUGAACACAUGGACUUUCCAUGUGGAAGUUUUCUUCAUCGGCCUAUAAGCCAAUUGUGAACUAAAAUUGCUUUGUUGAA